AAAAUCCCAUUUUAUUUUGCUGGUAAUUAUUCUCAUCUGAAAUGAAGAUUCCGCCAUGGAGAAGCUUUGAUCUUUCUCUUCACUAACUUUUACUUAGUUUCACUUUGCAAGACUUCAUCUCUCUUUUUUUUUUUACUCCUCUGAAUCUUGCGACCUCUCUGGAUCUCUUUCCUCUUUCUAUCUCUUGUCUGUACUUUUUAAAAUCAGAAGCUUGAACCUGUCGUGAUCAGCAAGAUUCGGGUGUUCUCCUUACUUGUCGGAAUCUCUCCUUACAGAAUCUAAUGGAGGAGAGAGAAGGAACGAGCAACAACAACAAUAACAACAUAACCAGUUUUGGUCUGAAACAACAUGUAGCUCCUCCUCCUCCUACUGGUGGGGUCUACCAGAUGGGCCCACCACGGUCCUUAAACCCUAUCCCUUUUCCGGCAGGACUACCCAACACCACCGCAGCAUCCGCAUCUGCCUCCGCCGUUGCUGCUACAGCCUCUGAGAACGCUGCUCCUCCUUUCAGCUUAACAAUGCCGGUGGGGAGUUCUUCUUCGGACUUGAAGAUGAAGAAGAGAGGAAGACCGAGAAAGCAAAAUCGGGACGGCUCACCCGCCGUGACUCUUUCUCCGAUGCCAAUCUCCUCCUCUGUCCCGUUGACGACUGUGUUUGCUCCUCCGCAACGAGGAAGAGGAAGAGAACGCGGUCAAACACGUGUAGAGCCGCCCAACAACAACACCAACUGGCCCAGGAAUCCUCAGAUGUUCGAGUUCAACAACAGUUCUCAUGUUGAAGGAAGUUCACAAAUUGCCGGUUCAAGUUUUACCACUCAUUUUCUCACAGUAAAUGUGGGCGAGGAUGUGACGAUGAAGAUAAUGAAAUUCUCUCAACAAGACUCUCGUGUUAUCUGUAUUCUUUCAGCAAACGGUCCCGUUUCCAGUGUUACGCUUCGUCAAUCUUUGACAUCUGCUGGUACUCUCACUUAUGAGGGUCAUUUUGAGAUUCUUUCUUUGACGGGUUCGUUUAUAACAAGCGAGACCGGAGGAAUCCGAAGCAGAGCUGGAGGGAUGAGUGUGUCUCUUUCAGGACCAGAUGGUUGUGUCUUUGGUGGUGCACUCGCUGGUCUCUUUAUAGCCGCUGGCCCUGUUCAGGUGAUGGUAGGGACUUUUGAAGCAGGUCAGGAGGAACCUCAGCAGCAGAUGCAGAAUCAAAGAAGGGAGAGACUCGGGAUCCCCACACAAGCGUCUAACAUCUCAUUCCGUGGUGGCUCAGCGGAAGAUCCGAAGGCUAGAUAUGGGCUCAACAGGCCUGUUGUUAUUCAGGCACCACCUGUGUCCCUUCCCCAUGAGCCAAACACUAACGCGGUCCAAGGUUACUACACAAACAACACUGCUAACCAAAUAAGAGAUCUCUUCACUUCUCUCCCAGGAGAAGAUGAUGAGGAUUUUGAAGGUGAAGAUGAUGAUGAAGAAUUUGGAAGCGACAGAGAGUCUGACACCUAGGUUCCAAACUGAUGAAUUGAGUGAGUGAAUCUGACAUUGAUUGCUCUUGCUCUUGACCUCCUGCUGCGUUUUUGCCUUAAAGAUUCUUCAGUGCUCUUCUCUAGAUUUUAGUUGGGUUUGUUAAACAGAGACCUCUCACUGAUGAGUUUGGGAUUCUUUGAGGAUGUAAUAUAUAGGGUUCUUUGACUUGUUUUCUUUCUGUACCCCAGUGGUUGUUGUAGAAUUUUAAUCCUCAAAAGUGUUUGUGCAACUUUCUUAUUCUCUUCAUUUUCAAAGUCAAGCGACUUUUCUUGGUU